AUGGCCCUCGCCUCGAGCCCGUUGUCUCCCGCCGCCGUCCUCCUUUCGCCCGACGCCCUCAAGCCCAUCGACCGCCUCGACACGCACCACAUCCACCACCGCCUCGACGCCGAGCGCGCAUCCACCAUCGCCGCCCUCGAGGACACCCUCGCAACCCUCGACACGCUCAAGCGCGAGCUCGUCAUCGCCAUCCACCGCCGCUUCGUCGCCCUCCGGAAGCACCACCGCGCGCACCUGUGCGCCCUCGCCGAGCACAACACGGCGCGCGAGCUCGCUCAGCACGACGCCAAGUCCGCCCUCGCGACCUUCCUCGCCCGCCUCGCGUCGACCUUUGCCGCCCUCCUCGGCCACGCACUACCCGCGCCCGCGCCCGCGCCCGUCCCGUCGCAGCUCAUCCUCCUCGACCCGGCCGAGCCGCCGCACACGCUCGACAUGGCCCAGCUCCAGGACCGCGUCCGCUCGCACGAGGUCGCGCACCGCGACGCGCUCGAAGGCAUCUACGCCACCCUCGACGCCCUGUUCGCGCACGUCGCGGCGCACCUCGCGCGCGGGUUCGAGCGCCGCGAAGCGAGCGGUCGGGCGGCGCUCGAGGGCGCGAUUGGGCGGUGCGAGGCGGGCGAGGUGAGGAACGAGGAGGACCGCCGGUCGAUCGUCAAGCUCGUCGAGGCGGUCCGCAGCGCGUUUGAGCUGUUUGGAGGAGGACGAGGGGCGAUGCAGCCGGACGUGGAGGCGUGA